AUGUGCACCUACCACUACCUCCACCACCACCACAUCCCUCCUUGCCCAAAAGACCUCUACUUCGUAAUCCACUACCUCUUCUGCUUAGACGCCACUAUCGACUUCACCACCGGCAACCGCCAGCCCUGCAACAACGCAAUCUACGACGACUCUCACCUUGCGUCCACAGCCAUGUCUAACAGCAUCUCAACCCUCUCCACUUCCCCAACCUCCUCUCAAUCUUCCGCAUCAACCACAUUCUAUUACUCCGAAGACGGCACCCCCUUCCCCGUCGACUACAGCUCUCUGUAUCCCUCCACCGCCUCCAUGUCUCUCAGCCAUCAACAAAACACGCAACCACAGACAAUGGACUUCAACAACCCCUGCGCCUCCUCAACAUGCCUGACCAGCCUCGAGUGUGCGGAGGCAAAGGGAAUGAGUAUGCGUGGUGUAAAGCACGGCCGGGGCUGGUGA